AUGUGUCCCGACCACGUCGACGUCCGCCCUUUCAACGAGGAAGAAACCGAGGUCGUCCUCCAAAGCACACUCCGCGGCCCCUUCCGUGAUCCUUCCGUUCCAACUACCCUGAUUGAGGCCCUCUCGCCCUCCUCCUACGCAUCGCCCAACUCGCAGGUGUUCCCCAACCUUGCCAUUGGGUCGCCCAACAUGUGGACGGCCGAGAAUUCCCCCAACGCUUCCAUCUUCCCUUACAUGAUGAACGAGGCUGGGGAGCAUCUGCCCAUCUCUCAGUACAGAGACUGCAAGGCUGAUACCGGCGUUGAUCAAAUCAACGGCUUCGUCUUUGUCUGCGAUACUGCGGUCGAGGAGUUGCAGAGCCCUCAGGGACGCUACUUUUACAAGGACUGCAAGAAAUACGGCUCGGGAGCCCAAGUCAAUGGUGUUGAGAUUGUGGUUCACGGUUCUGUCAGGAGGGCCCCAGCACCGCCAUCCCUCCCUGGCCGAUGGGACGGUGUGAACUUGGUUAAUGCGGAGAGUAGAGACGGAAAGGCGUCUUAUAAGAACCAGAUCAAUGGAGGGAGGAUCCGGCCGAUGAUGAUGGCCGACAUGGGGAUCCCAUCUGGCAGUGCUUAA